UAAAGGCGGUUGGAUCGCGACAUGGCUUAAUUUCAUGGCGCGAGCCCAGCCAACUGUAGAGCGCCACGUUGUUGACCCCACCUUCCCUCUGCCGGCUCCAUCGCCUCUCCUCCCUCUCCCGGCCCUCGACGCCCUCCUCGUCGCCGCCAUCGACGCCGCCGCCGGCCCCCGCCACCUCCGUGCCGCCCACGCCGCUCUCGUCCGCCUCGGCCUCCACCACAGAUGCUUCCUCGUCACCAAGCUCCUCCGCCGCCUCUCCGAUUAUCGCGUCCCCCUCCACCCUUACCCCCUCCUCAUCUUCUCCCUCGUCCCCCGCCCCAGCUCCUUUCUAUGGAACUCCCUUAUCCGCUCCGCCGCACUCCUCAACCCUUCCCACUCCGACCACCAUCCCCUCCGCCUCUACUCCCUCAUGCGCCGUAGCUGGCCCCCGACGCCGCCCCUCUCCUUCACUUUCUCCGCCCUACUCAAAUUCGCCACCUCCCAAGAAUCCCUCUCCAGCGGCCGCCAGAUUCACGCCCAAGCCAUCUUCAUCGGCGGUUUCGACGCUGACCUUUUCGUCCGGAACACUCUCAUCUCCAUGUACGUCGGAUGCUCCGACAUAGCGGCCGCUCAAAGGGUGUUCGACGAAAUGCCCGUUCGAGACGCUAUCUCUUGGACUUCGUUGAUUGUGGCUUACACCAAAAGCGGCGACCUUUCUUCAGCACGAGGGUUGUUUGAGGCAUCUCCCGUGAAGGACGUUGUGGCAUGGACUGCAAUGAUCACAGGGUACGCCCAGAAUGCGAUGCCUAAAGAGGCGCUGCUGGCAUUCGAGAGGAUGAGAGAAGCGGACGUAGUUAUGGACGAAGUUGCCUUGGUCGGCGCCAUUUCUGCCAUCGCUCAGUUAGGUGCUGCAAAACACGCACUUUGGCUUCGGGAUCUUGUGGAGAAGAUUGGGCUCGACCAGAACCUUUUGGUGGGAUCUGCAAUGGUGGAUAUGCAUGCAAAAUGCGGGCUGAUCGACGAGGCCCGUCGGGUGUUUGAUAAAAUGACAGACCGGAAUGUCUACUCCUACAGUGCGAUGAUCGCUGGACUCGCUACAUACGGAAGAGCUUCGGAAGCCAUUUCAUUGUUUAAAGAAAUGGUAGGCGAGACGAACGUGAAACCAAACCAUGUCACAUUCAUCGGCCUCCUCACAGCUUGUAGCUAUACUGGGAUGGUGGAGGAAGGUCGACGCUACUUCAGGAUGAUGGAGGAUGAGUAUGGUAUCGUUCCUUCCGCUGAUCAUUACACAUGCAUGGUCGAUUUGUUGGGGCGUGCUGGACUAGUCGAAGAAGCACUUGAUCUAGCGAGGUCUAUGCCAAUAAAACCGCACGGUGGUGUCUGGGGUGCGUUGCUCAGUGCCUGUCGGAUCCAUGGAAAGACAGAGAUAGCGAGAAUUGCCGCCGAUCAUAUAUUCGAGCUCGAGCCUGAUGGAGUCGGCAACUACGUGUUGCUCUCGAAUAUAUAUUCAUCUGCAGGGAUGUGGGACGAGGUGUUGAAGGUUCGGAGACUGAUGAGAGCGAGGGGGCUAAGGAAAAAUCCUUCAGCGAGCUGGACAGAAGAUAAAGAUGGUUCCGUCCACGAGUUCUUUGCAGGGGACAAUUCCCACCCGAGAAUUCGGCAGAUAAAGCGCGCAUUAGAGAAUCUGUUGUGCAUGUUGAAGCUUCGAGGUUAUGUGCCCGUAUUGAGUUCUGUUGUUUAUGAUGUCAAGGACGAAGAGAAAGAAAGGCUGUUGAAAGGUCACAGCGAGAAGUUGGCAUUGGCAUUCGGCUUGUCGACGACUUCUGCUGGAGACACGAUAAGGAUAUCGAAGAACCUUAGGAUAUGCGACGAUUGCCAUUUGGUGAUGCGACUUGCAUCAAGGGCUGUGGAAAGGGAGAUUGUGGUGAGGGAUAACAUGAGGUUUCACCAUUUCAAAGAUGGGGAAUGCUCAUGUCGAGAAUUUUGGUAAAGAUUCAAUAUGUAAUUCGAUCCU